UCGUAACCGAGCAAAUCAACCCGCCGACCAUCGCUCUCCUUAUCAUCGAACGCCCAGUGCUUGUGUGUUCGUCAUCAGCGCGGGGCGAGCCGAGUACCCAUCAUCUUUCUCAUUCAAAGCGAUGAGAACCUACGUCUCAAGUCGGUGACGGAGGGCUGGCGUCGAACAUCCGACCGCGGUAGGUCGCCCACUGAUGACAAGCUUGCCAUCCACGAUGAGACCAUCGCCCUCUUCUUCUUCUGGAGGGAACCACCCGUUCACGGCACAUCAGGCUUGGAGCGCAAAGUUAAAUGCGAUAGAGCGCUGCCAAAAUGCAGGUUUACGGUGCGAUCGCCUCAACCAACCGUGUAGCUACAACCAAGCGCAUCAACGUCGCACACGCGACGAACAGCUGCAGCAGCUCCAAGAGCGGCUGGCCAAGACAGAGGCCCAGCUCGCCCUCAAUAAUACGCCGAGAUCAACUCCAUCGGGGCUCCCGCAGUCGCGAUCCGAAGCCACGGAGCCGGCCAUCUCGUCGCGUUGGCCAGCGAUGCCGGACCCCGUCACGUCAAACGCAAGCUCGGGCUCCAUGUCGCGGCGAAGCUCGCAAUAUCAGCUGCCAACGACGACAACUUCACAGGCUUCAUUGGUGUCGGCUUCGGGACGCCCGGCUACUAGGAACCCAAUGGAUCUGGACAGGCCCAGGAGGAUGAGUGCGGUUGUGGAUAUGUCUACAAACGGCUCAUCCCUGCUCGACAUCGAUCUUUUUACUUCAUUCAAUGAUGGCGCAGACUCCAAUAUGGCUUUCGAUUGGACAAAUCAACCACCGCUGUCGGCACUCGAACCCUUGGACAACCUCCUCCUCAACCGUCUUUCACCCCAAUCAUUGUCCCAUAGCGACCCAGAAGAAGACAUAUCUCCCGCGGAACUGAGUGCGCUGCACAACCACUAUUUCGAGUCCAUCUACUUUUCCUUUCCGUUCCUGAACAGAGAUCGGUUCUUGGAAGAGUCUGCGGGCGCCAGCAGCCCUGCAGUGAGCGCCCUAGUCUACGCCGUGGCCCUGGCCGGCUGCGCACAUUCUCCCAAGCACCCCAACAGACAGGCCACUUGCUACAGUCUGGCACGCAACUACGCCGAGAAGUGCGAGCGAGACGGCGGCCUGAACGACCUCAACUUCCUGCAGGCUUUGCUGUUCAUCGGUCGUUUCGAGGCCAUGGACCGGAAGCUGGAAAGAAGCUGGCUGACGCUGGGACGCGCUGCUAUGCUUUGCAGGCUUUUGAGGUUGCCGCAGAUGGACCAAGUCGACGAGGGUGCCGGAUUCCAAGACGAUGCGGGGCAGAGUGGCCCUCCCAUGUGUUUGCCACGUACGGAUGAUCCCGUUCUUUUGGAGGAGCGCCGAAGGACGUUUUGGGGCCUUUAUAUAUUGCAAAGUUACGUCAAAACGCGUACAGGUUGGGAAUGUCAGCUCGGUGAUGUCAAUGUGCAAACUGAUACAUCCAUUCGGUCCUUAGCGGCAGGUCAGCUGACAAGAUGCCCAGAACUUCCGAAUCAACCUGCCAUGCCCCGGCCUGCUGCGAUCCGGUCUGGUGCCGCUAAAGAUGCCAUUCUUGUCCGAAGCUGCGUCCUGAUGGUCGAUCUAGCCCUGCGCUGCUUCGAUCACGGACAAGAGCGCGCCACGGCCGGUUUCUGGGACGGCUACUGCGCUUUGGUUAAGACCACGGAUGAGCUCUUUGGCAUGCUCAAGCGGCACCUCAACGCCACGUCCAUCCGCGAAGACCCGGUGGCCUUCAGCCUGUAUCUCAACCUGCGUGCCACGGAAAUAUUUUCACAUGAGUCCGCCAUCACGCGGAGCGAAGAGCAGGGCCUGCCGCCACUCAUGACUGCCGAGAGCCAACGACGCGCCACGGCCGCGGCGUUUCAGAUAUCUAGCGCGGUGCGGCUCAACGUGCCGUCGCCAUGGAAGGCGGAUAACGAUAUCUUCAUGCUGCAGGCUCUGUUCAUUGGGUGGCCUCUUACCAUGGCCCUCAAGGCGCUGUAUCGGGAACUUGUGCUAGGGGGAAGCCGCGAGACCGUUAAUGGUGCUGUGGCUUCGUCGAGAUUGCUUUUCGCCUUCCUGGAUCACAUUGAGGAGUCGGGCGGACACUGGCACCAGCGCGUGGCGCAUGUCGAGACAAAGCUUCAGGAAUGGGAUGAAAAGAACGGAUUCGACUCCUUGGCUCUGUAGGAGGCCCAUCCUCUGUGAAGCUCAGAGUUUCAU